UUAAAAAAUUCAUAUUUAAUGUGUAUAAAUGUAAAAUUUCUCUUCCUUUUUAUUCGUUAAUGUCAUGAUUAUUGUUAGAUGGGUCGUGGAAAAUUGAGCCUGAAACUUAUAGAGCACGAGAAGACUCGAGCUGGUGUAUUUAAGAAGCGAAUGAAAGGCUUGAAAAAGAAGGCUUAUGAAUUCUCAAUCCUUUGCGAUGUGAAGAUGUGCAUGAUCAUUUUUGAACCCAAAUUGAAGGACAACCCUGCUAAGGUUGAAGUUUGGCCUUCAGAUCCUGUUCAGGUUAACAGCAUCAUCGACAAAUACAAGAGUAAGGUUGCUUCGGAUGUGCAAACGAAAAUCUUUAGUAUCUUUGAUUUUUUCAACAUGCGCAAGAGACAGGUUCAUGAUGAGGUUGCACAAGUACGCAAAGCAAAUUUGGAAGCCAAGUUUCCAACAUGGGAUGAUCGUAUCGACAAUUUCUCCCCUGAACAAAUUGCAACGUUUCUUACUAAACUUGAUUUGAACCUUGAAGUUGUAAAGAGGAAGAUCAUGUUGAUGAAGGGAGACGAUCAAGGUCAUUUGAUGCAAUCUUCUAAAUCUAGGACUUUAGGUGGUUUCAAUUCCCAAUCAAGGCCAAAUCCUUCUGAUUACGCCUCUGCAGCCUUUCUUCCAGAGAAUCUAGACCAUUCUGAUAAUCACAUCCAAGCUCAUGUCCCUCUGGAGAUUCUAAACCAUUUUGAUCAAAUCCAAGCCUUUCCUGAGUUUCCUCAAAAGAAGUUGGAUUUUGGAGUUAGUAGGGAGCAGCAGGCUCAUAUCCCUGUAAAACCUCUUAACAUACAACUACCUUCCCUUUCCCCUGCUGAUGAGGCUUUGGUAAAGCUUUCACUCAGCCUGAAUCCCAUUGGCAAUUUGAUGAAUCCCAUUGAUAAAUCGCUAAGGACGUCAAUGAUGAAUAAUAUUGAUUUCAGAGUUCAAUCGGGGAUUGCAUCUAGUAGCAGCAGCAGCAGCAGCAGUAGCAUACCAAACAAUGUGAUGUACAAUCCUCCGCCAUGGUUUUCUGUUCGUCAUGAUCCAAGAAUUGGCAUGCCAAGCAAUAGUGUAAUGUUCAAUCGACCCUCAAUUCCAGUUCUUGAUGAUCCAAGGUCAACUGCCAUGCAAAACAAUGUGAUGUUCAAGGAGCCUAAGGCAGCAUUCCAAACUUGCUUCUAUACUCCAUCCAUGCAACCAGAGCUGGCUACUUAUAGUCGGCAACAGUUGAUAAUGCCGCAUUUGGUUCCUCAAAUGCUUCCUUGUGAGUUCACUGAUUUCUACCAUGACUUCAAUGAAUAUGAGAUUAAAAACAAGAAACAAAGUUACAAUUCAAUUCAGUGUUUAACUUCCACAUUAAUGUUUUUUGGGGCGAAACGGCUGUUUGGCCCAAUCUAUGUCAACUUGAGCCCUAGGCUAGGGUACUACUUAAGCAAGCUGGACCAUGUGGAAACAACUUCAAUUAAUACAGAACAGAUUGAUUGA